CGCACCUAAAAGUUAUUCGAGCCAUGAUCCAUGCUUCCACAAUCUGCGACAACAAGCGCGCACUCCCGAUCACAAUGCUGUCUAGGCUCUCAUCAUCAGACGUAACGAGUUCCCCGUCCGUGUUUUGAGCAGCCAUACCCUGCGCGGCCAGAACUAACCGUGAAGUCAUGCUCCGCCAACCUUGAGCAGUGAGGAGCUCCGCUGCGGCCGACCACAAGGUGACUUGAGAAAAGCCCAUUCAACACAGCACAUCAAACGGAUGCUGCCCCAAGCACAGACUGCAACAUGAGAACUAGAAAGUCGAAUCAAGCAAAGCGCUAUCGGCCGUCCGAUCUUGAUCCCACCCUGGGCUCAGACGAAGAGGAAAUCGCAAAUGUGGCACCCCCUGGUGGCGAGGAGUCGGAGGACGGCUAUCGCGACGAAGAAGCUGGCGGUACAGAAUCGGACGCCAAAGACGCCCAGCUAGAUCUCGUCGACUCCUCAGAGUCCGAACUGGAGCCGGAGGAGGAACCCGCCCCGAGUAGACGCAAUGCAAAGCCAAUCGCUGCACGGCCAAGGAAAAAAGAGGUGCCGAUCCAGGUUGCGUCGGCCCGGGCUCUCAAUGCAGUUCCAGAUUAUCCAUUGGACCCGUCUGCAAAAUGGACGAGAGCAUACACGGGCCCGUUGAAACGGUGGACGCGAUUUCAUGAUAUGGUGAUCCUUCUCUACGGAGAUCGGGACAACUACAGCAGAAUCGUGUCGCGCAUCACAAGAGCGUGGUGGGAUUUCCAGGUCCUCCCCCCAAGGCCAGUUCACCAGAAGCAUAUCGACCUUUCAGCAUAUCCAUGGACGGCCAGUACGUACUCGGAAGAGCAGAGAGCUCGGCUCGGAGAUCGAUUGAGAAUGCACGCCGACAAUGGUGGCUCCAGACAGUCCUCGGCCAUAUUGACUCCCGAAGCUGCGUUCUCGUCGUUUCUACCUAGCACGAAUGCCAAAUUAACAGCCUUGAUCGGUGGGCAUGGAUAUCAGAAAGCAUAUUUGACCCAACAAGGCAGCAGUAUCUUUCUGUCUGAGGAUGGCUCUCCCGCUUCAAUAACAGCAGACGAUGUUCCUGUUUCCGGCGGCUGGCUUUUGGACGUAGGAGGUAUUGUUGUUGCCAUAAACUGGGCACCAUCAUCCAGCCAGCGGGACCAACUCUUGGCCAUGUCCGUUAUCCCCGAGGCGGAUCAAGCGUACCAGCAGGAUCUCUCCAAAGCACCGACUACUUCCACGCAACCGGAGGGUAGUGUACAGAUCUGGAAGUUUCCCGUCGAGAGAGGUCGGGACGGAACCAUGCGUCCAUCGCGGCGACCACCACAGCUAAUGCAUGCUGUCUGCUCCCUUUGGGGCCGUGUCGCGAGACUUCAGUGGUGCCCGAUUCCCAUCGGCCAUGAUGAAGUUGCCUCCCUCCUCGCCAUAUUAUGCGCCGAUGGCAAGCUAAGGGUUGUAGAGGCCAAGAUGCUCGGCGGCUCAUCAGAUGGGUGGUUUGAACGGGUACAGGACGCGAUGGUUACCUUAGAGAUCCCCAACGAGCACACCGUAGCAAUCACCUGCUUUACCUGGGUCAAUUGGAACAGGAUUGCUGUAGGUUGUUCAGACGGCUCUAUCGCUUUAUGGUCGCUGUUCCCCUGCCAAAUGCUACAGAGACAUCCGAUACACUGUAGUAGUGUUAUCGACAUUGUGUCAGGCUAUCCUUCACAGCCGUCCUAUGUCACAUCUCUACCUAUAGGUGGAGUUCUUACGUUGACAGACCUGAAUCGACCUUCUGCCGAGAUGUCGUACAAUGCCAAUCUUUCGGUCUCGCUCCAGCCAAACCUGCUUGCGUGGAGCGAGGUGCUGCGAGGAUAUCUAUCCAUGUGGCCGACGAACUUUACCGCGAACUCGACCGUGUCGUUUUCAGGGCUAACAACAUUCCCUCAACCACGACACAUCAUGACUGUCGAAAGUCAAGUGACAUGCUUGGCGAUGAGCCCGUGCAACCCUUUUCUGCUGGUCGGCACUUCCGAUGGAUCACUGUGGUCGACGAAUGUCCUGCGCAAAAUCAUGGGAUACAGAGAGAAAGUCAACAAGAUCAGAAUCUUCAAACAUGAGUACAGACCAGCCCAACCCAGCCCAGACCACGGACGCUCUCGAGGCGUUGUACGAAUCACGCACGGGUACCUUCCGGAGGUCAACGAUCACCCACGAGCAAACUUUACUGGGAAACAGGCUUCCGAAAAUAAGAAGGGCAAAGGAAAGAAGGCACAGAAAGGGUCGGCCAAAAAGGCCCAGCGUGAUGUUGAAGACGACGGCUUCGACAACAUGGAUGAAGGAGGAGCCAUGACCUUUGCCACGGGACCUCUCAUUAUUGAGGAUCCACACACCCGAGUAACGUCGAUUGCAUGGAAUCCGAAUGCUCUUUUCAGCUGCUGGGCUGCUGUUGCCAUGGGCUCGGGACUCGUCCGAGUGAUCGACCUCGGCGUCGAUGGCUUGGGAGACGCGAUGGAGAAUUCCGAUUCUCCAGAGAACUCUGAUGAAGACAUGCCAGAUGUCGAUAACGAGGACGCCUAAGGUUGUGUUCUGCAUCAGCGUGCCGAUGUCCACAACUUCCAUGGAUGACAGUCAUCCAUUUCAAGACACACCUAGACGGGAAGAAUCACAAACCGAUCAUGAAUACCAAGCCAAGAUAACACGAUGGAAACAGGGAUGAUCGAACACUCCGGAAUCGAAGUUCCCCAGCUCCAACUUCCCCAUCGCGGACGUUCCUGAGGACCUCGGCGACAGUGAGGUCUGGUUCGUCGUAUACCAUAGCUCUCAGCGAGUUGCCCGAGACGGAGAGCCCUAAGUAACAAUCUGAAACUACUCUGAAGAACGAGCUCGUCAAAAGUUGGGGUGUGCCUUCUGGUU